AGUCAUCUCAGUUACCACCGCUGGAAGUCGGCAGGCCCAAAUGUCUUCUAGCGCUAGCGGAACGGAUGCUCCAGUUUCUCAACCCAUGUCUCUCAAUGCAGAAGCAAUCGUCGCAGAUUUCAAGGCGUCCGGCGAGUUCGAGAAGCUCAAGACCGAGAUUCAUAGUCAAUUCAUGAGCGAUGAGUUUCUGGGUGCCCUUAGGAACCAGAUACAAGAGAUAGUCAAAAGUCGCAUUCAGAAUGACGAAAUGCUGACCUACAUGCCACAAGCGCAUGCGCUGGACGACUUGCAGCAGAAUAUCAACAGGGAUGGAGUCGUCGACCGCUUCAUAACCGAGGAAUACCUCACCAAGCUCUUCAGCGAAGAAGCUGUCUCUAAUCGCCUCCGCGAUUCACUAGAAAAUAUUAUCAAGGCCAAGAUGGAGGCGCUCAAAGGGUCUACCAACAAGCCAGAAGCGGAAGCCAAAAACGAGCAAAACCCUCCAAAGUCCGGUCCUGAUCCUUCUCCGGAGAAAACAGAAGAUGGGACUAAACCGGAUGGUCUACGAGUUUCAGAUGCCAUGGAAAUCGAUCCAAAGCCAGAUGGUACGGCAGAGCCCUCUCAAACCACGUAGCAAACCCCAGACCUAAGCUCUUUGAGUGCUGUGACUUGCCUAAGUCUUCUAUCGAACUUCACACUUCUCUAUUACAUUAUACGUCCAGAUUGCACGAAU